AUUUGAUGUGUCCCGAUUUGUGACAAUUAUGGACAGGGCCGAUCUGAAUGUCCUGGCCGACGCCUUUGUGCACAGGAGACAUUUCACCUUGGGCGUUGUCGGUAUCUGUGGCCGGGACGGCCUUUGUGGGGUACGCUCGGGUCAGGGUCCACGGCUCACUUUUCCGCACCCACACAGAGGGCACUGAGCGUGGCCUGCGGAUCCGGCUUCUGCCUGCGUGUGACCAGGCGAUGUGCGCGAGGCCUCGGAACCGCUCUCCACAGCACAGAAUGCUCUGCCGUCAGAAAAUGGCCAAGAAUCCGGAAUUCCGCAGAAGCAGAGCGGGGAGCGGGGAGAUGGGCAUAGAAACACGUGUUCGCAGCCAAGAGCACACAGCUGUUUCCUCUUGUGGCUUCCCCAGCCUCAGAUGAUUUGUUUUAUUAGAGGCGAGUUGUGUUCGCUACCGACUGACGGCGCUGGCGGCCCCGGGAGGCAGAUGACCGACAGCGCAUCGCGGCGCUGACCCAGCGCCACGUGUGUGCCCGACGUUCGCCCACGGCUGUCGCUUGAUGCCCGUGCCCUGAAUGCCCUCGUUGGAUUCGCACGGAAGCCCUGCAGGCAGUGUGCACGCCCUUGCUAAUUUUACCUGAUGAAUUUACAAGGUGAUGUUGUUAUCCACCCAUUUCCCAGAUGAAAAACUGAGGCUCAGAGAAGGUGAGUCACUGGCCCCACAUCUCAGACCCAGUGCGUCUUUGACUCUCAGAAGAGCUGUUAGCGGUCUGCUGAACGCGGCCUGCACUGGGUGCCCUUGUGGUGGGAGAGGGGCUGGGAGCCUUCCUCUGACUGUGGUGAGCCCCUCCCCGGACCCCCUUUUCCUCUGCCUCUGCUGGAGGUGGAGGCCGAACCCCACCCCCUGGCCCACGUGGACCGAGGGCCGCACGCCCACGAUCCCCGCGGAGCCGGGACAUCGGAGGAGGCCCGGUCGGUCCACUCUGGCCCCUUCGGGACUGCUCUGGGCCUCACUCUCCUUAUCCAGGCCGACCGUGGUGCUGGGUCAGAGAUGGCCCCCAGCCCCUCCUGUGACGAGGUGGGGGGGAACCCGACUUGGAGCCCCACCAGCUUCAUCUCUGCACAGGCAAGGGCCUCCUCCCUCGUCCUGGCCCUUCCCUGCCCCCAGAAAGCCUGAGAGACCAUCCUGGUCAGGCCAUCUGUUUCCUGCCCCUUCGGGAAGGCCGUCCCGCCCAGGCCUUGGCAGCAGAAGUCCCGCAUCUCCUGUCCCCACGCCCCUCCGUGCCCGGGGUCCUGGCCCUGGGAUGGCUGGCUUAGUGCGACCACGGCCCGGCUGCCUGUUGGGCUCCCGCAGCCCCUCCGGCGGGGCCUCCGCCCUUUUGGCGUCUGUCUCCUGCCCCUGCCCUCCUGGCCCAUUGUCUUUCCCCAGAAGCAGGGUGUGGGGCAGUCCGGGAGCCCGGGACCAUUCCUUUUCCUGCUGUGGAGCCAGUGACAAUGAUGUCCCACACCCCGCCCCUGUGCACAGGGGCCACGAGCUUUCCCUGUCCGGGGGUCUCAGCCCGUACUCGGAGGAGGGGCCCCAUGCAGAGCUUCCCUCAGACGCAGGCCUCGUGCCCCCAGCCCGGAACUGGCUCCUCUUGGGCAAUAUUCCGAACAUCGGUUUGCAAGGACUUUCCCUUCAGAGGUGAAAAGCCCUCACCUGGGCUGAGCUCCAGAUUCAGAGCCCCUCUCGGGGCAAAGCCAGGGAACCUGUCGAUUCUGCGUGGACGCUGCCAGCCUCCGACCCUCUCGACACAGCGGGCUUGGAUCUGUGAGCUGUGUGGUUCUGUUCUCCUCGGGGGGCCGCCUUCCUGCAUUCAUCCUGCAGACACCUACUGGGACGUGGACCUGCUCGGCCCGGGAACAGACAGGGGCAGUGCCCGAACCCACAAUGCGCCUGGGCCCGCGGGCAUCUGAUCCCAGCCCAACAAACAACCAGCGCGGAGAUGGGGACGCACGUUGCUCGAGGCCGUGUCUGCUGGGCUGAGUGAAGGGAGCGCAGACGUGAACCAGGCCACGGUGGCCGGGGUGGGGGCGCGUGGCCACGGACUGGGUCAGCACAGGCCAACAGAGCUGCUCGUGAUGAUGGAUGUCGCGCAUCCACGCUGUGACCCGAGAGCCCUGGAAACCGGCUUUCUAGUUUCCCUGAUUUGUAAUUACCUUAAAUUUCGCUAGGAUCGCGCGGCCGGCAGCCGUUGUGUUGGGCAGCGCCGUCCGAGGCAGGGAUGGCCACGUGCCUGUCCCCUGGGGCUGGAGGCCGCUCACGUGUCUGAGAAGCCAGAGGAGGACAGUCAGAGGCACAGCGGGCAGCGAGGCGCAAGAGGGUGGUUCUUUUCGAUUCUAGAUGACGCGUUUCCGGGUUUUUUCAGCCCCGGGAGCUGCGGGUCAGUUGUAGUAUGCAAUCCCGAGUGAGGACGAGAGUUGCCCAGCCCACCCUGGGCUUGCACCCUCGCUCCCCUUAGCGGAGGACGUCAGGGGGCAGCUGCGAAGGGGCAGCUGCUCCUGAUGUCCCAGAAGGCAGGUGCGUUAGUGAGGCUCCCCAGAGAAACGAACCACAAGGUUCCUGCGAAGCCCUUCCGCUCCAUCCAGACUUCCUGACUCAGUCCACCGGUCCCAGUGUUCACCUCAUCCAGAAACAUCGUCACGGACACGCCCAGAGCGGUGCUUGACCUGAUGCCUGGGCCGCCUCUGGCCGGUCAAGUUGACGCACAGAAUUACCCAUCAUAGCAGGUGCCUCGUCCUGCCCUAAACAUGCGCAGGACGCCGUGGGUGUUAGUCAAGGAGCCGUCUCUGUCCGCAGCCCCCGCGACCCAGGCCCUGGGUGUCAGCUCUGCAACUCCGCUUUGGCCGUGCCUGAUCCGGGAGAGACCACCGACCGGAGACGCCGCCUUCAGAGGCUGCCUGGAGCCCCGUGGCCGGUGCAACCAGGCUUCUAGCAAUGAGCCGGACAGUCAGAACUUCUCUCUGUCACGGGGCUGGGACUCAGGAACUUGCAGAAUCACUACCUGGCCUGUCUGCACCAUAGCCUCGUCUCUCCAGGGAGGAGGGCACCACUGACCAUCUCUGUUUGCCACAGAAUUAAGAGGAUGAGGACCGUUUUUGCCGGGGCUGUCUCCAGUAUCGGAAACUCCCCUGGUGUCUUGCAUGGAUAUGGACAAAACGUGGGCACACGGAAAAUACUCCUGAACGGACUGAAAGUUUCCACUGGAGAAGAAGCAAACUUCCUUCUCGAGAAGCCGACAGCCACCAGCCAGGGCAGAGCCUGACUGCCAGCAGCCUGCAGGGCCCCCCCGUGCCUGAGGGCUUUCUAGACCCUGCAGCUCCUCUUUGGGGGCUGUCUUCCCCCCGGCCUCUGGGGUCCCCAUCACCCUCUGCAAAUUGCGCUGCGUCUCCCACCGCUUGUGACUCCACAGUCCCUCCCCUGGGUCUGUGCUCCACGGUCCCCAUGCUCGCGGGCCACCCUUCCCUCUGCCCAGUGAGCUCCUCCCCAUCCUGCCAGGCUCCUGCGGAGACGUUCGGACUCACAUCAGCAGGCAGUGGGGAGCAGGGGGAGGGCGUGGGCCCAGGAGAGGGAGGCGAUAGGAGUCAGAACCAGCCCUGCUGGCCCCUCACGUGAUGACUCUUGGGGGGUGCUGGUCUGCCCCCUCCCCGUCGGGCCCCCACACCAGAGAGACCACCUCUGCUCUCCCCCCAGGCUGGGCCCACCCAGAGUUCCAAGGCCCGGGACCUGCUCCUCACACGGCCUCUGGCUCUCUGCUCGGCCGCGGUUUUCCCACGGCCCCGGCAGCAAGUCAAGCCAUGGGCGCGGAAAGCCUCCGUGACCUUCAAGUGAACGUUCACAUCUUAGCCCGAGACGUCCCGUUAUCUUCAUUCUUUUAGCUUUCCAUACUUUUCAGGGGUUGCUUGCCCUGGUGCCUCCUACUGGGCUGUCCUCGUUUUCUCCAUCUGUAAAACAGGCAAGUGCUGAUGCCCCCCGCCAGGCUCCAUGCAGGGCUCACUUCGAGGACUCACCCCCGCCUGGUCUCACGUACCUCGGGGUUAUCGCUUUCUGAGCUCUGACCUCGCCAAUCAGAGGGCUGGAACCCACCACCUUCAAAUGGAAACGGACCUUGGGGUUUGGACCCUCAGGGCCAGUGCAGUCGAGGGCCCCCCUAGGGUCACCCAGCUGCCGGGCCGAGGGACGGCACAGUCAAGCUUCCUGCUGGAGGCCGUUCGCAGGCAUAAGGCAGACGGUCCUUGUCUCCCUGAAAUGAACAACUCUGGUCGGCGUGACGAAUCUGGAGGCCAGACGAGAUUGUCACUGCAGCUGGGUCCGUGUGACGCCUCCCUGUCCUGUCCGUGUCCCAGCCCCAUCACUGUACAUCCAGGGCCCCCCCACAGCGGAGGCUCGGUCCCCACCUGCCCCUCCGGCCAGCCUUAGCAUGUGGGGGUCGGGGCGAAAACAGAAGCCUGAACCCCGAGUCGGGGUCAU